ACACAGCAAUAUUUUAUAUUUCAAUUUAUAAACUAUAUAUAUGGUUUCAUCUUCCUAAAAGUUCUGAAAAUAAAGAUGGGUUUUCGUUUUACAUGUUUGCUUUGUUUCAUCUCUGUUAUGCUGAUAAACACUGGUGUUGUUAGAGCAACUAUAUGUUAUGACACAGGGAAUUUCACAAGUAAUAGCACUUACGAGAAGAACAGGAACCUGAUUCUCUCAUCUCUUGCUUCUAAUGUCACUCUUCAUGAAGGAUUUUUUUAUACUGCGACUAUCGGCCAAGACCCUGAUAAAGUUUAUGCUCUUGUGAAUUGUAGAGGAGAUUCUUCCGCAGAACAGUGUAUUAGUUGUGUAAGUUAUACAGUCAAAGGUAUUAUGAACCAGUGUUUGAAUCAGAAAGAAGCAGUUGCAUGGGGAGGUAGUCCUCAAUGCAUUGUACGCUAUUCAAACCACUCGAAAUUUGGAAAAAUGGAGGCAGAUCCUAUGGCUGGUGGCAGUUAUGCGAAUAAUAUGACGAUCAACAUGACACAGUUUAGUCUGGUUUGGAAGAGUUUGAUGAAUCGGUUGUUGACAAAGGCUUCGGCUGGCUCUAAUAAUAAUACUAGUAAGUUUGCAACUGGAGAAGCUAAUUUGACCGACUUUGUGAAGAUGUAUGGACUGAUGCAGUGUACUCCGGAUAUUUCAGAGAGUGAUUGUGACUCUUGUCUGCGCCAAUCUGUAGCUUUCUAUGAGUCUCACGACUAUGGAAAGCCCGGUUCUAUUAUCAUGAGACCUAGCUGUAUGUAUAUCUGGGAUUUGAAUCCUUUCUAUAACGCCACUAUUGAUUCUACACCUACACCAGAAUCUCUUCCUUCUCCGCCACAACUUUUCCCAAAAGGAAAAGGAGGCAUUCCAUCUAGAACUGUUAUAAUCAUUGUUUCUUCUGUGGUAGUAAUCUUUGUAGCACUUUUUGUUUUUGCCUUCAUGUGUGUCCUUUUACAAAGAAGGAAGACAAAGCAAAAGAUGAGAAGCAAGCAGGAGGCAGAAGAUGGUGAUGAUAUUGAUAACGUGGAAUUCUUGCAAUUCGACUUCAACACAAUCAGAGCUGCAACAAAUGACUUCACAAUUGAUAAUAAGCUAGGACAAGGUGGAUUUGGUGCUGUUUACAAGGGGAGGCUUUCAGAUGGACAAGACAUAGCUGUGAAGAGACUAUCUAGACAAUCUAGCCAAGGAGAACUGGAAUUUAAAAAUGAGGUCCUCUUAGUGGCCAAGCUUCAACAUAGGAAUUUGGUUAGACUUCUUGGUUUCUGUUUUAAAGGAAAUGAAAGGCUUCUCAUCUAUGAGCUUGUGCCCAAUUCAAGUCUAGAUAAAUCUAUAUUUGAUCCAAUGAAGCGUUUACUAUUGAAUUGGGAGAUUCGAUACAAAAUCAUUAGCGGUAUAGCACGGGGACUUCUUUACCUCCAUGAAGAAUCAAGGCUUCGAGUUAUUCAUCGUGAUCUUAAAGCUAGUAAUAUUCUUUUAGAUGUUGAUUUGGUUCCAAAAAUUUCAGAUUUUGGAAUGGCAAAGUUGUUUGAAAUAGAUCAAACUCAAGGUGAUACAAGUAGAAUCGUUGGGACCUUUGGAUAUAUGGCACCAGAGUAUUUGACACACGGAAAAUUCUCAGUCAAGUCUGAUGUUUUUAGCUUUGGUGUGUUAGUCUUGGAAAUCAUCAGUGGCCAAAAAAACAGUUAUAUUGAAGAGCAAGCACAAGAUCUAUUAGCCUAUGCAUGGAGAAAUUGGACUAAAGGGACAGCUUUGAAUCUGGUAGAUCCUAGUUUGAGGGUUGGUUCUAGUAGUGAAAUGUUGAGAUGUAUCCAUAUCGGGUUACUUUGUGUUCAAGAGAAUGCACUGAGUAGACCUACAAUGGAUUUGGUUGUUCUUAUGCUCACUAGCUCCUCUCUAUCUCUCCCAAUUCCCUCGAAGCCUGCAUUUUUUAGGCAAUGGAACCCUAACACGGAUGAUUCCAAAUCACCAUUGUCGGAUCACAAUGAAAAUUACGUUCAAAUAUCGUUGAAUGAGGUUACAAUUACUGAGCUAGAAGCUCGUUAACACUUGUUCAAAGAAAAAUAGAUUUUAUUUAUAAAAUGGAGAGUUUUGCAAGAUUUCUUUCUUAUAAUUAUAGUUGAUUUCGUUGUACUCGAUAAUAUAUUUAUUAAUGGAGAAAAAGUUUUAUGGGAUAAUCUCAUAGAAUAUACCGUUA